CCUUAUGACCUGCAAACGGCCUUUUUUCGUCGCGUCAUUUCUGAAGCUUGGCAGCAUUUGUUAGCAGCCCUGUUUUCGGCGAAAAUAAAUGUGUCCCUAAAUAAUCUCGCAAAAUUUAAAAGCAUGUCAACGGGUGUUUUCUGUUUGGUAUGCAGUGCCAGCUGUCUGUCUUCUAGAAACAGUAUACAAAUCUUCAACAAGGAGGGUACCACCGGACGUAUUGAACACUUUGCUUCGUUGCUGUCCAAGAUCUUAAAUAAGGAAAUAAAGGAGGACCCAGAGCAGACACAAGUUCUUUGUAAAAAGUGCUAUAAGUUAGUUGAUGAACUGGAUGAGUUACAAAACCGAGUUAUUGAAAUAAAAAAUGAAAUCAUUGAUAAUUACAAGUGUUCUGUUGAAAAAACUGAGAUUGAGGAUGAGACGGACAUACAGGAAACCAAAGAGAUAAUAGAAGGCAAGUCACUCGAAUCUAAUAAAGAAAACGAAGUGCCUAAGAAAAUCUUGGACAUACCUUCUUCGGAUGAAGACUCUGGACAGAUUUCAGCGGAAAAAAAUUCUCUGCAGUCCAUACAAGACAUAGAGAUGGAACUAGUAAAGAUGCAUGGUGAAAUGGAGGAGGAAGUAGAACCGGAGAAAGAAAACACAAUGGACAUUGACAAUCAAAACUUCCAUACAUUUUCUACCGACGGAGGAGACAUCAUUGAUUCAGGAGCUAUAGAACAUUCUUCGGAUUCCGAUUACGAACCACCUUCUUCAGUUUCAGUUACCACAGAAGGUUUAGUUCAACCGGCAGAAGCAACCGAAAAACAUAGUAUCGAACAUGUGAAAGUAAAAAUGGAACCCGGAAUGGACGAGUCGAAUUCCGUCCACCUAAGCAUGGAAAAACCGAACAUACUCAAAAAGAAAACCGUCACGACAGCGAACAGCAUCGUCCAAAAACACGAGGACAAAAAGUCGGAAGAAUUCUUCGCGAUGCCCAUCGUCUCCCGCGAGGGCAGUUACUACACCUGCCUCCUCUGCCAGGGCGACGAGACGGUCGCCGGAGAAGCCAAAGCCAUUACCGUACACAUGAAACAGGCCCACGGGGCUCGCAUAUACAUCUGCGACGUUUGUGGGCAGGACUUCAGGAAACGUAACCAGCUGUCUGCCCACCUGGACGAACACGUGGCCGCUGAAGACGGGGACUUCCAGUGCGAGAUAUGCAACCGCAUAUUCAGCAAUCUGCGGCUGUUCCGCAUACACAGACGCAUGCACUACCCCCAGGCCAAGGCUUGGGAGUGCGAGACGUGCGGGAAGAAGUACAGCAGCAAGAAUUUGCUGGACGAGCACGUCAACACCCACCUGGGCGUUAGGCCGUACGUGUGCAGCAUGUGCGGCAAGGAUUUCGCCAGCAAGUACACCUUCAAAGCACACGAAAAAACUCACGAGGUACGUCCGAGGCCGUUCCGGUGCCUGCAGUGCCCCAAGUCCUUUCUGAGCCAGCAGAACCUGACGCAGCACGAACGCACCCACUCGGGAAUGAAGGAGUUCAGCUGCCACCUCUGCGGCAAACAAUUCGGUUCUGCCCACAACCUGGAAGUGCACUCGAUCGUCCACACCGGCUACAAACCCUUCGUAUGCGGGCUGUGCGGCAAGGCGUUCGCGAGGAAGGCCGAGAUCCGCGACCACGAACGCACGCACACAGGGGAGAGACCUUACCAGUGCGAGUUCUGCGGGGCGACGUUCAGCCAGAGGUCCAACCUGCAGUCCCACAAGCGCGCCACCCACUACGACGACAAACGUUACCAGUGCUCGGAUUGUGGGAAGGGGUUCAAGAGGAGGCGGCUUUUGGAUUACCACGUGAAGGCGGCGCACACGGGGGAGAGGCCGUUUAAAUGCGACGUCUGCGAGGCGACGUUCGUCUAUCCCGAACAUUUCAAGAAGCAUCGGCGGAUACACACGGGAGAGAAACCGUUCCUGUGCGAGGUAUGCGGGAAGGCCUUCAACAGCAGAGACAACCGCAACGCCCACAGGUUCGUACACUCGGACAAAAAACCGUACGAGUGCCUGGUCUGCGGCGCAGGAUUCAUGCGUAAACCCCUGCUGUACCAACACAUGCAGGCCCAAGGCCACCUCAACGACACCAUCGUGGUCAAUCAGCCCCGGCUCACGACAGACGACGAUCAGCUGGUGACGGUUAACUCGGCGGGAGAGAUGGAGAUCGUGGACGCUGCCACGGCGGCCGCCGCCGACUCCAAAUUGUACAUCCAGGACCAGGACGGCACGGAACACAUCAUCAUAGACGGGCAACAGAUCAGUUUCGCAGAAGCGGGAUCAGAGGAAGAAAACGAGGGUGAGAUCAUCGACGAGAUCGAACAGGUCGUAACGGGGCAAGGGGAUGAGGAUUACGAAGAGAUUAUCACUAGCGACGCACUGUCUCAGGGGGAGACCCAGAUUAUUGAGACGUCCGAGGGACCUAUACAACUCGUGAAGGUUCGGAUCCCGAAUGAGAACGGGGAAGAGGAGGAAGCGUGGAUUAAGAUUGUUCCUGAAUAGGAACCGUAUUUGUAAUGAUUUUUAUAGUUCAGCUGUUUGUAUUAUUGCUGCUAAUUAAUUUGAAAGGUUAGAAUUAGAGUAGGACGUGAGUAAGUGAAAUGUUUUUUGUAAAUUAAUCAAUAAAAUUAAUUUCAAACGGUG